CUGGAUACGCCGGGACACACAAUGGCUACGUGCUGCUGAGCGCCGAACCAUGCACGUAACGAGUGUCUGCCAAAUUACCCAAAAGACCUGGAAGGACAGGCCGACGGACUGCACACCGGUAACAGGGACUGCCAGGGACUCCGUCCACCGUGUGUGAGUCAGCGGUGUGGUUUUACUGAGCGGUGGGGGUGUGAGUGCCUCUGGUCACCUGCUCUCAGGGAUGGCACUGACCUCCUGAUCAUUGACUCAUGCAUCUCCUUCACCACCUGGUGCCCUGGGCCGAGGAAGAAUAUUCAAAGUCAACCGAGAACUGUGGGUGGAAAAAUGUCUGAGGCCGCCUCAGCCAAGAGGAAGGAGAAGUGUGAAAACUGUACCAAGCAGUGUAACAAGAAGAACGACGGAGUUACGGCCGAGGAGCACCAUGAGGCCAACGGCGAGCAGGCGAGCAGGGACUCCCAGCCGCUGCUGAGCGCGUGUCUCUCGUGCGACGGCUGUGUGUCUGAGGAGGAGAGCCUGAAGAUCGGCCAGCAGAACCUGGAGGAGCUCAACCGCAUUCUGGCGCUGAACAAGAAGUGCGAUGCGGCUGAACACAAGGUGCUGGUGGUGUCGCUGUGUCCUCAGUCCUUGCCUUUCUUUGCCGUGAAGUUUGACCUGGACAUCGCAGAGGCCACCCGCAAGCUCUGUGGCUUCCUCAAGAGCCUGGGUGUGCAGUAUGUGUUCGACACCACGGUGGCCGCGGGCUUCAGCAUCCUGGAGAGCCAACGGGAAUUUGUCCAGAGGUACCGACGGAGACACCACGACUCGCAGGCCCUGCCCAUGUUCACCUCCUCCUGCCCAGGUUGGAUCCGGUAUGCAGAGCGCGUGCUGGGCAAUCUGGUCACCCCACACAUCUGCACAGCCAGGUCUCCCCAGCAGAUCAUGGGCUGCCUGGUCAAAGACUACAUCUCCCAGCAGCAGAAGCUGAGCGCGGAGAAGGUGUUCCACGUGGUGCUGGCGCCCUGCUUCGACAAGAAGCUGGAGGCCGUCCGAGAGGAGUUCUACAGCAGCCUGCUGGACAGCCGCUAUGUGGACUGUGUGCUCACCUCAGCGGAGGUCUAUGACAUGAUGGAGCGCCGGAUGAAGGUGUCCGUGGCGGAGCUGGACUCCGUUCCACUCGACCACGUGCUGGGGGAGGUGGGCGACACGGCGCCCGUGAGGUACGAGGGCCGCACCUCGGAGGGCUUCCUGGAGCACGUCUUCAAGCACGCCGCCAAGGAGCUGUUUGGCCUGGACGUCACCGAGGUCACCUACAAGACCCUCAGGAACCGGGACUUCCAGGAGGUGACCCUGGAGCGGGACGGCGAGACGCUGCUGCAGUUCGCCGCCGUCUACGGCUUCCGGAACAUCCAGACGCUGGUGCAGCGCAUCAGGAAGGGCCGUGUGCCGUACCAGCUGGUGGAGGUGCUGUCCUGCCCUGGAGGUUGCCUGAGCGGGCGUGGCCAGGCGGGGGGUGACGCCGCCGGGAGGCCGGACAAGGCGCUGGUGCAGCAGAUGGAGGACGCCUACAUCAGCCUGCCCGUGGCCCUGCCCGAGGUCAACCCCGCCCUGCACACCCUCUACCAGGAAUGGCUGGAGGGCCAGGACUCGGUGCAGGCCGGCGCCACGCUACGGACCCAGUACCGGGACCUGAGCCACGCCCCCACGCCGCACAUGCAGUGGUGACAUCACACGCACGGCGGUGAGCGGGGCUAAGGCGACAUCGUUGGAAGGAGGGAGACACGAGACACUUCGAGAAGAUUCCUCUCAACUCUUUCUCGGGAGCAAUGCCGCUCUGAAGUGGACAUUUUCAAGCGUGCCGUUUGUUCCUUUGUCCACCGGGAGGCGAUGUCUCCCAACCGAAUAACUUGUAAUCCCCCUGGAGAGAGAAAGUAAAGUCUACAAUCUACAUACCACCCCUUCCACAACAUUCAGAUGCAGCUGUAACACAUGGUUUCAGUGAAUGGACGGACCCUUCAUCUUUUAAGCAAUAGACAGGUGUACCUUGAUUCUAACUCUGUGUAUGCACUGAUGUCAAAAUGGAUAUGCUAUUUUGGUUUUCCUAAGUGACUUUAACCAGCCUAUGUAAGGUUUUUUUUGUUAAUCCAUCCAGUACAAUUAAAUAAGAGGAAAGAUUGCCAUAGGUAAAUGUCUUCAUCUUUUGUCAUGUCAUUUAUUUAUUUUUGUACAAACUAGUAAAACAUGUUUGUUAUCUGUUUACAUGAUCCUUACAGUUGAAUGAACAAAAUCAAUAUUAAACUUCCAAAUCAUUAUAAAUUCUUGCCAUAUAUUAAUUUAUAAGCCAAAUUUACGUGUGUGUGUUUGAGAGGCAGAGUGAGAGAGAGCGGAGUGACAAAAUACAUUUUGUCACAUUUUAAU